UUGUGCGCUUAUAACAGGAGCGGUGUCAAUGCGGACCUCCUCAGCUGGAGACUAUAUAUAUAUAUAUGCUGUAGAUGGUGUAUAAGGUGCAAGAACAGACAGCGACUCCGGGACAAAGCGUGAAGCAAGAAGGUGAAGUUUGCCUGAGGAUUGCCGGAGCAAGCUGAACAGCGGCAGCGGCAGAGGCAGACACGUCGGACCUCCGCUGCCCAGGAGCAGGCGUGAAGCGGGUGGGGUUAGUUCCGCACCUUCCGAAGUGAUGGGGGCGCGUUGAAUGCUGCAUCCGACCCAGUCUCACACCGCACUCACUCUGUGGAUGGAUUUGAAAACGGGGGAGAAAAAAAGUGUGGAGAUUUGAGAAGGAACACUUCCGGUUAAACACACACACAGUGUAUGAGCGCCCGGCUUUCUCACUCUAGUCUAGUGGAGCAGCAGCAGCAGCGGCGGCAGCGGCGGUAGCAUCAGCGAGCGGCCAAGUAACGGGAGUCAGUUCUGCUCUCUCAUCUCCCCUGCCUGGCUCAGCAGGCUGGGGCUCACGCCCAACACCCCUCGCCCUCCAGGAGAAUUGCAUUCAUACGCUUUUUUUGGAUCCUGUCUUCAGGGCUGUUUCCUGCGGUUCCUUUUACAUGAAAUCAUAUCAUUAUUGAGUGGAAACGUUUGUUUUCAUUUUGUGUGUGUGUGAGGGGGGAGGAGACGGAGGAGGGGACAAGAAAGGAUUGGACUGGUCAAGUCGGCAAGUGCAAACUUGUAUGGCGAUGGCGCUAGUGAAGAAGAGCAGCUUGCUGGGCGCUGGGCUACUGCUGCUGGGAGCCUUAGCCAACCUGCCGCGGCUCAGCCGGAGCCAGGAGCACCGAGCAGCAGACUCCGGAGAAUUCUAUGCACUUAGCCAAAGGUUAUCUUCAGAUGUCUUUGUAGAUAUUAAAACCAACAAUCAUCGGUUGAAGCGACAACAACCCAAGUCAGUGGACACAAACAGAGCAAGCCCAGAGCAGGACUUUACCGACCCGACCAAAAUCUUUGAUAUUCAACCAGCUGUGGACAAUAACAAUGACACAAAAUUUGAGGAAAAUACAGACCAUAAUUACUAUACAUCAAGAACUUAUGGGCCGGGGGAUGCUGCUACAAGUGAACUAUGGGUAAACAUGGAGAAAAUGGAAAAAGAUCAAGUGAAGAUUCACGGGAUUCUAUCCAACACUCACCGGCAAGCUGCAAGGGUAAAUCUGUCCUUCGAUUUCCCAUUUUAUGGCCAUUUUCUGAGAGAGAUAACUGUAGCCACUGGCGGCUUUAUCUACACGGGUGAAGUUGUACACCGCAUGUUGACGGCCACUCAGUAUAUUGCGCCACUCAUGGCCAACUUCGACCCAAGUGUGUCCAGGAAUUCAACUGUAAGAUACUUUGACAAUGGUACUGCCCUGAUUGUACAGUGGGAUAAUGUUCAUCUACAGGAUAACUAUGAUUUAGGAAGCUUCACCUUCCAGGCCACCCUGCACAGUGAUGGACGGAUUGUCUUUGGUUACAAAGAGAUACCUAUCUACGUGACACAGAUAAACUCAGCAAAUCACCCAGUCAAAGUGGGACUGUCAGAUGCAUUUGUGGUCGUCCACAAGAUCCAGCAGAUUCCCAAUGUUCGCAGAAGAACAAUUUACGAAUACCACCGAGUUGAACUUCAGAUGUCAAAGGUUACGAACAUGUCUGCGAUUGAAAUGAUCCCGCUUGCUACUUGCCUCCAGAUGAGAAACUGCUUUGCCUGUGUUAAUGCGGAGAUUGGGUUCAACUGCACCUGGUGUGACAAGUUGCAACGGUGUUCCAAUGGAUUUGAUCGUCAUCGACAAGAUUGGGUGGAUAAUGGCUGUCCUGAUGAGUCUAAUGAUCAGGCCUGUGACAUCUCGCCUGAGGAAAUGACUCAAGCUUCUUCAGCUACGACCACAAGCCUUGUGAUGACAACGACAACACACAAGACCCCAGGCACCACAUCCACAACUGCUAUCACAUCUGGCCUUCCUACUUCCAGCUUAACCACAGAAGAUGACACAAAGAUCGCUCUGCAUCUAAGGGACAAUGGAGCUUCAACGGCAGACAGCACUGCAGAAAAGAAAGGAGACACUGUACACACUGGGCUGAUUGUGGGAAUCCUCCUGGUGAUCAUCAUUGCUAUAGCAGCCGUCCUUGUGACCUUUUAUAUGUACCAUCAUCCAACAUCGGCAGCAAGUCUCUUCUUCAUUGAGCGUCGCCCAAGUCGAUGGCCUUCAAUGAAGUUCAGACGGGGCUCUGGUCAUCCUGCUUAUGCUGAAGUGGAGCCCGUUGGGCAGGAAAAAGAAGGCUUUAUUGUGUCUGAACAGUGCUGAAACGGAGAAACAAACAGUGCACCAGUGCUGGCCCCAGGAUGGGGGCUAAUCCUUUGAAGUGGAUGAAGAAACAAGCUGAAGCCCAUUAUCCACAAAAUAACUACUUCUGGAUCAGCUCAAAUUAAGAAAGAUCAACAUUUUCAUCCACAAAGUCACCACUCCAUAGUCUUCAGUAGCCCAGCGGACUUCACCAGAGUUUCAAAGCAAAACAGUGCAGCAUUCCUGUUUGGCAAUUGUGGAAUUGGAUGAGCACUAGUGACAUACGCAAACCGCAAAAGUGAAGAACAAAUUCACUCCAUCAAAUUACUUCCCUGGAAAAGGAGAAUGCUCACUUAUCUGUGUUGCAAAUAUAGUUACAAGCAUGUGUUGACCAAUCAUCAAUCAGAGAGAGUCAUUGAUUGUCAUUCACUUCAGCAUUUAUAGUGAUUCACAAAAUGUGUGUACAUUAAGAAUGCACUGACAUCAGUUGGUGAAAAUAUGGUGGAUGUGUGUAUUUCCUUUGCAAUAAUUUCUAAUGGCUUAGUUGGUUUUAGUAUCUGCGAUUCACUACUGUUUGAUUUAUUUUCUGUAGAUGAAAUAUAAUGUGUGGAAUUUAAUAUCCCAGUCUACAGAAUUCUGCUGGAAAAGGGUUGGGAAAUAAUACAAGACAGAAUGAUUUGUUUAACAUUUUACAAAAUGCAAAUGUUACUUUUUUUUUUCUUGAAUUUACUAUGUUUUCCUCAGUAACUUUUAUACAUUCCUAAUGUACACUUAAGUUAUCAACAGUUUCAAUAGUAUCUCCAAAAUAUUAUAUACGCAACAAGAUAACAUUGGUUUCAGAUUGCUGAGCGAUUUGUAAGAUUUGUGUUGCUUAAUUUGCUCCAAAUGUGCAAUACGUCAUCUUUUGGAUCAAAAAGGCAGUGAAACUGAGAAGGUUUAAGCAACCUACUGGAAACCAAAUUCUGGGGAACAUUUUGCACAUCCUACUGGUUCUGUUGUGUAGUGGAUGCAUUAGUUAAAUAGAUGAAUAUAUUUUGUUUCUUGAUAGUUUACACAAGACAGGUUCUUGUGCUCCAGAUUGUGAAAAAAUAUAAAAGUGUAUUUUUUUUUCCAUCCAUAAGAAGAGUGUAACAUGAACUACCUUAUACUUCAAAUGGGAUUUUAAAUUGUAAUGUCGUCUAGAGUGCUGUUUGAUAUUAGAAAGCAUUUUCAUUGAUGGCAAAGGACUGUCACUUUUAACUGGCUUUACUGAAAUGGACUGUUUGCUUACUUUGGAUUUUUGUGCUGUAAGAGUAGUUUGUCAUGAAUAAAUUCAGGUAAGUAUUCAUAAAUAAAAUCUUUAUUAAUAAACUUUUUUCAUUCCUCCAAGUAAAUGCACUUGUAAGUAUUAAUGCCAAUGGCAGAUUCAGAUCUAAUUUCAGGUAAUUGAUUUAUUUCUGUUUGCCGACACCCCAGUGAACAAACAAUAAAUAAUUCACUUCAAUUAAUGUGUCAUUAGUGCAAAAGCAAUGGAAUUAUUUUUCAAAAAAAUGUUUAUGUAAAAGCAUUAAAUAGGAGUAAAAGCUUGUUCAGUUGGACUCGACCUGAAACAAUCAUGAACACUGCUGCAAAAUGUGCUUCUAGCCAUCAUCACUGAUGAUCUUAACUCUAUUAAAGUGGUUUUCAACAUUUUUCAAUGAAAAUUAGGGGCUGGAAUGGAAAAUAUUUGUGGUUACUCAAGGCUGAUAUGCUGCCACUGCUGUUAAAUUAGAAAUUAAUGCAGAAAAUACCAAGUUUAAUGUUGGACAGCUAAGCAUGCAUGUAAUCAAUACAUACAAGAGCAAAUAUUGGAAGAGUUCUUCUAACUUCUGAGUUUUAUCUUGGGAAGAUAAAUAUGAAAACCCACAAAGGCAGGUAUAAUUAAUGGGUGAUAUGAUGGAUGGAAAUUGUGUUGAGUGGAAUUAUUUGCCCUCCAUUUUUAUCAUCAGAAUUCACGUGUGAUUGUGACACUGAGAAUAAGUGCAUUUGGAUAUUAAUAUAUUAGGACUUGGACCAUUAUUUGAUAUGAAGCGAUAACAUUGUACAAUCAGCACAGAAGAACUUUAGUUACAAUAAAAUGCACACAUUAUAAUCACAAAUAAAAGCAAACAGCCACAAGCAGAUUUACAUUAUAAAGGAAGGUUUACAUAAAGCUAAAUUCAGAGUUUAGAGUAAAUUAGAGUUCAUGUUCAGUAGUUACAUUGUGGGCCGAAGGGCCUGUUCCUAAGCAGUACUGUACUAUCUUGUAAAUUAGAUCCGAUCACUCUUGUGUCACUUCUUCUGCCUGGUUUUCACAGUCCCUUUGAAAAGUGAUGCCUGAUUUCAAUAAUGCCCCAUCCAGAGAGAUAAUCUUGGGCUUAUGACUUUAUCGUGCUUCUUUGUGCCAGCAUUUUAGGGCAACUUCCUAAAAUAAACAGCAGUGUUUCGUGUAGAAGACUGCAUCAUGUGCAUUGGUUCUUCACACAUUUACGUACCCAAAGAAAGCAUGCAUUAAAAGAUUUUAAGAAGAGAGCAGUAAAAAUACUGGGCAUAUAUUGUUGUCAAAUUAAUUUGAAAUCCGGUCAUUUUUACAGUACAUUAAGACAGCAUCCUGGUAUUUAAAAUGUAUCCAUUGAUGGGAUUCUAAGUCCUCCAUCCUUCAUAUUUGUUAAUUAUCUUUUUUUUCUUGUGGAACAAAAGUUCAAUGUCAUGAAUCAUUUUAUUUGCACUUGUUCUGAUUGUUCCCAGGUUAUUAUUGUCACCACAAUAAUUUUAUUCUUUAAGUUUUGCAAUAUCAUCUUAGAUUUUAAAUGUGAGGAAUGUUCUAAUGAAUGAAUCUUAAGAUUAGUCUCGGGUUUCUAUUAAAUGCCAUUGCUACC